AAAAAACUAUUUAUACAUGGAACUACCGGAAACAUGUUUAUUAAUAUUUGAAAACUAGAAGGAGACACAUACAGGAAACUACCACUUGUAAAAGUUAUAAGAGAUACAAGUUUAUAAAAGAAAGCAAUUAACAGGUAACUCAAGAAACAUGAAGCUUAUGAUGAAGAUUGUCGUUUAUUGUAUUGUGAUCAUUGUGGCAAAGGCAGAUUUGCCAUGUCCAGUAGAGGAGUGCAGUUGCGAAAAUGGACCAAUCGGAAAAGGCAGAAUAAUUAACUGCAGAGAUAAAAGUCUCACGUCCGUUCCAAAGUUUCAACCAUCAGACGAAAUAUUUCUUGAACUCACACUUAGCAAUAGCUACGACCCAGUUCUAUUAUCGAACGGCGCCCAGUGUCCAUCAUGUAACAAAAUUACAUUUCUCCCUCCUACUGCAUUCAGAGGACUUCGAUUACAAGGACUAGAUCUGAGUAAAAACCAGAUAUCACAAGUUUCCGACACAGCGUUUGAAGGACUGGAAAGCUAUCUGGAAGAAUUAUCAAUUGAUGGGGAUAAGACCAUAUCCCCACCAUACAGUGCUAUGUCAAGACUUUCUAACUUGAAGAGUCUUUCUUUGCGUCAUUUUAAUCAAGCACAUAUGAACAGACAAAAUACAAUGAUCGAUACUUUAGUUAACCUGGAAACAUUAGAACUAAAAUACAUGGACGUGUCAUCAUUUUCGAACGAUUUAUUUUUGUAUCGGCUGCCAAAACUGACAAAACUCCAUUUAGAGGGGUUGCCAAUGAGAGAAUUUCCAGUGAAACAACUGAAACCUUUAAAGUAUCUUGAAAAACUAUAUGCUGUUUAUAUGCAGCUCGAAAACAUUCCAUACGGGGCUUUCCAAACGAUGACAAACUUAAAAGAGUUAGUGCUUUCUCAUAACAAAAUUGAGACACUUUAUCCAGGAUGCUUUGAUGGAAUCGGUUCAUCUUUAAAAGUACUUGGACUCCAUUUGAACAAUUUAGACGAAACAAAACUAGGCCCUCUAGCUUCAACGUCUUGGUCACAGUUGGAAAAGAUAAACAUCGGACACAACAAAAUGAAUACCAUACCGAAUGGAUUAUUCUUUAAUAUGAGAGACCUUAAUACUCUUAAUCUUGAUUCGAACAAAAUUGCAACAAUAAGCAAAGGGGCUUUACAGGGACUGGAUAAACUAGAAAAUCUCGAUCUAUCCUACAACACAUUGGACACAAUUAAUAAAGAUACAUUUUUAUCGUUGAUCAGACUGAGAGUGCUAGAUCUUAGGAAUGAAAACGGCAAAUCUUCCACAGGACUUUUUAAACUAACAGUGGAUAGUGUAAACGGCUUGAAACAACUUCAAAAACUUAUUCUAACUGAUACGACUGUUGAUGAAGCUGAACUGUGGAAAACAAUUCAGUAUUUAGAAAAUCUUGUUGUUUUAGAGUUAGGUGGAACAGACAUUAAAGAAAUUCCUGAUAUGCAGUUUACAUUCAAUAGACGAUUAAGCCAUUUGAUGCUUGAAAGAAAUUCUAUUUCGAUUUUAACACAGGCUAAAUUGUAUGGCACGGAGAAAAGUCUUGAAUCAAUAAAUUUGCAACAGAAUAGCAUUAAAACUAUUGAUAGAUGCGUAUUUGCCAAUUCUACGGCCUUGAAAAGUAUGUUCUUAUAUGGAAAUCCUCUUCGAUGUGACUGCGAAAUCAAAUGGUUACAAGAUUGGAUUAGAGAGCGCAGUGCAACAGAACCCUUUUUCCGGUAUAUGGUAAAUGGCAUGUGUCAAUCACCGGAGCAUCUUAAGAAUGUGCCUAUUUGGAAUAUUCAAGGAGGCGGAUUGACUUGCGGUCCAUCUUAUCAAAUACCAGUGUGCAAAAAUUUUGAAAACACGGCUCAAACUAUUCCUACGCCUACUGUUAGAACGACCGAACAACCAGCUGUGGACAAAAGCAACAAUUUUAAAUUUACAAAAGUGUCUGAAACUGAUCACACUAUAGAAAUCACGUGGGAAAUAAGGGUUCCAAGCAUGGUGUCAACGAUGAAACUCGAAUAUCAGAAAUUAGGACCUUAUCCAACGAUUUAUCCAGUGCAUGUUCCAAAAUACGCAGACUAUUACAAAAUACAAAAUGUAGAAUCAGACAGUCAGUAUUUGAUAUGUAUGUACUCGGAACUGUACGAUGCAAUAAAACCAAAAGAAAGAAUAUGCGUUGUCAUCAAAACACUUUAGAUAAUCGUCGACCAAGACUGAUUCGUCACAAUUCGGCCGAUUCCGUAGCUUGAGUAGCGAAGCCCGGGUUUUAUCGAUGGGAUCAAGACUGACACUUACAACGAUUAAUCUUCUUGUAACAAUUACUUGCACAUGUUGUGGUGAAUGAAAAUCCAAACCACCGUGAUUUUUUUCAAACGUGUUAAUUUGUCUUCCACAACUACAUUUCCUGUGUUCGAAUUUUUUUUAUGAUAUCUUUGUUUAACGAUGAUGUCUUUAUCAUUUAUUAGAAAGUAUAUUUUACUUAAACUUAUAUAAAAUACUUAAAUUAUGAUAUAAGCUUUUGUAUAUAUUUAAACUAUUUUUUUGGUUAAUAUAUAAUGAUAAAAAACGUUUUCCUCUAUGGUUUAAACAUUAUCCUGAUAUAAUUACAAAAUAAUUUCUACAAAUAGCAUUUAUGUGCAAACGUUUGAAACAAAAUAGAUCUUUAAUUUUGGCUUUUUCAUGUUAGGAUUUUUAUUUUGUUUGUCAUUGGGGUAAGCUGUCUUGUGGAGUUACCCCCUACCGAGUCCUUUUAAUCAUAGUUCCUAUUAUUUUUCGAAAGAAAUCCAUUUGUUUAUUCAUUAAAUCUAUAAUUGUCUUUUUUACGACAAUUGUACAAUUUUUUAUACAUAUCUAGUCUUUUGAAAUACUCUUUUUUACUUAUUGUGUGUUCUAUUUAUUUAUUAUAUUUUGUAUAUGUUUAAUAAAUCAUAUCUACUAAGGUUGUGUUUAUACAAUAAAAAAUGUGACUCAUU